AUGUUGCAGUUAUUUGUGGAUAUAGAACAGGUUUGUAUCCACCAUCUCGUUGCUCAGAUUCAUUUGGUAAUUGUAGCUAUGGGAAUUCUGAGAGAGAGCCUUUUAUUGCUGCCUCUAAUAUUUGAUGUGUACAGAACUAAGUACCAGACUGCACUUGCAUGGUUGUAUGUUCACCCACAAGGAAUGGAAAAUAUAGUGACUUAUAUAAAGGAAAGGUACAACAACGUACCAAUAUUCAUUACAAAAAAUGGAUUUCGGACGAGUGAGAAUUCCCACCCCACCACUGAAGAUGAAUUGAAUGAUGUCAAAAGAGUAGAGUACAUGUACAUGAGUAGUUACUUGGAUUCUCUAGCAACAGCAAUAAGAAAAGGUGCAGAUGUGAGAGGGUACUUUGUGUGGUCUCUUCUAGACAAUUUUGAGUGGAAUCAUGACUACAAUAUAAGAUUUGGACUUCAUUAUGUGGACUUUGCCACUCUCAAUAGAACCCCAAAAGGGACCACAUUUGAUCAAAUUGAAGUGAUUAAAUAUAUAGUUGAUAUGAAACUAAAAUAA